GUCUUGCACAAUCUCACGAGAAAAUAUGAGAUUUACCGAUUAUUGUUUACAUUGCAAAAAAUGAGAACCGAACCGAUUCUGAUUUCGCUAAUCUUAUUUGGAAAAUGAUAAUUUCAUCUGCAUCAACUAAUAUUUGUAAAAAGAGAUGUUAGGGUGGAACUGAGUUUAAAGAGUCGAUUUGUCAAUCCAAGACAUGAUCCCGGUUCGGUGCUGACCCAGAGCUGCGAAGACAAACGAGAAACAAAAUAUCUUAAACGAGACAACGAUUAACUAACUUCGAAGCGAAUCGCCUCGUUUUUGAUUGGAAAUCAUUAGGUGUGGAUCUGCAGAGAGAUACCACAUGCCACAGAUCUGGUAGAACAUAGAUAUCACAGAAGGCCAGUGGAGAAAGGCGGGUUCGGAGAUCAAGGCCUCGGAGGUCUCGCAGUCCUCGGACUACGGUAGGACGCGGAGCUGGCGUCCCCUAGCGACACAGCACGCACCGAGCGCAGGCGAGCGUCGGGGAUUCGGCCAAGGCCUAGCGCUGAGAUGUCGGGCUGAGACGGGAAGGGCGAGACGGGAGACCAGAGGAGGAGAACGGUCGAAGAAAAGAGGUCAAAUAAAACGGCAAGAAGGAGAAAAGAACCCCAAAUAAAACAGCCAUGAUGGAGGAAUUGCACAGCUUGGAUCCUCGCAGGCAGGAGCUGCUGGAGGCCCGUUUCACAGGAGUCGGUGUUUCCAAGGGUUCUGGACAAAACGAGUCGUCUAACCAGAGCUUAUGUAGCGUGGGCUCCCUCAGUGACAAAGAGCUGGAGACACCAGAAAAGAAAUCUAAUGACCAGAGAACGCGUAAAAGGAAAGGAGACCCUUUUGACAACCAGGGCAAAGGAGGAGGGAGAGGACACAAAAUUAGUGAUUAUUUUGAGUUUGCAGGGGGUAGUGCUACUGGUACCAGUCCAGCGCGUGGCAUACCUCCAGUGGCUUGGUCCUCUCCACAGCACUCUCUCUCAAACCCUCCGGUUGCCGUGCAGCAAGGAAGCCCCUCCUCAAUCGGCUCAUUAAAUCUAGACCACUCCCACUCCUCUUGUUCCCACAAGCCAGCUCCUACACACACUCAGCACCAAGCCACACAGUCUGAGUUGACAAUGGAGAAGUUAGCAGCGCUGGAGAGCAGUAAGAGCUCAGAUCUGGAGAAGAAAGAGGGCCGUAUUGACGACUUGCUUAGGGUAAACUGUGACCUGCGCAGACAGAUCGAUGAGCAGCAGAAGAUGCUGGAACGAUGUAAAGAGCGACUCAAUAAAUGUGUUACCAUGAGUAAGAAACUGCUUAUUGAAAAGUCUAAGCAGGAGAAAAUUGCAUGCAGAGAAAAGAGCAUGCAGGACCGGCUACGUCUGGGCCAUUUCACCACCGUCCGUCAUGGAGCAUCAUUUACCGAGCAGUGGACAGAUGGCUACGCCUUUCAGAAUCUAGUCAAACAACAGGAGAGAGUCAAUGGGCAGAGAGAGGACAUAGAAAGACAGAGGAAACUGCUGCUGAAGAAAAAACCACCCAAUGCCAGUCAGACUCCGCCUCCCAACCUGGAACCCAACAAACGCAAGAGCAAGAGCAAUGGCGCAGAGAACGAGAUGUUAUCUUUAGCAGAAUACCAUGAACAGGAAGAAAUUUUCAAACUGAGACUCGGACACCUGAAGAAGGAGGAAGCAGAGAUUCAAGUGGAGCUGGAACGGUUGGAGCGUGUGCGUAAUCUUCACAUCCGAGAGCUCAAAAGAAUCCACAAUGAAGAUAACUCCCAGUUUAAAGAUCACCCCACGCUAAAUGACCGUUACCUGCUCUUGCAUCUGCUGGGUAGAGGAGGCUUCAGCGAGGUCUACAAGGCCUUUGAUUUGAUGGAGCAGAGGUACGUGGCUGUGAAGAUUCACCAGCUUAAUAAGAACUGGAGAGAUGAGAAGAAGGAAAACUAUCACAAGCAUGCCUGUCGAGAAUAUAGGAUCCAUAAGGAGUUGGACCAUCCUAGAAUAGUCAAACUGUAUGACUACUUCUCUCUGGACACUGACUCAUUCUGCACUGUCCUGGAGUACUGUGAGGGGAACGAUCUAGAUUUCUACCUGAAGCAGCACAAGCUAAUGUCAGAGAAAGAGGCCCGAUCCAUCAUAAUGCAGGUCGUCAAUGCCCUCAAGUACUUAAAUGAGAUCCGGCCGCCAAUCAUCCAUUACGACCUCAAACCAGGUAACAUCCUGCUGGUGAAUGGCACAGCAUGUGGAGAAAUAAAAAUCACAGACUUCGGGCUAUCCAAGAUUAUGGACGAUGACAACUAUGGGGUAGACGGCAUGGAGCUGACAUCACAGGGGGCAGGGACAUACUGGUAUCUUCCCCCAGAAUGCUUUGUGGUUGGUAAAGAGCCACCUAAGAUCUCCAACAAAGUGGACGUUUGGUCUGUUGGAGUCAUCUUUUACCAGUGCCUCUAUGGGAAGAAGCCGUUCGGUCAUAAUCAAUCCCAGCAGGACAUCCUCCAGGAGAACACUAUUCUCAAAGCCACAGAGGUGCAGUUUCCUCCUAAACCAGGAGUCUCACCUGAGGCUAAGGCCUUCAUCCGCAGAUGUUUGGUGUACCGUAAGGAGGAUCGCAUCGAUGUUCACCAGUUGGCCAGUGAUCCCUACCUCCUCCCGCACAUACGGAAGUCAGUGGCUGCCACCGGUAACUCCAGCAUGGCUGUCGCCUCCACCUCCAGCUCCUCCAACAGCAGCGCCUCAAAUUGAGAGCCCCAUCCAUCCUUGCUAGUUUCAACCGGAGCAGGCGGUGUGGGGCAAUUGCAUUUUGCCCCGCCCCUCUCUGCAAUGCACUGGAAGGGGUCUCAAACCCCUUACCUGCCAAGCAAGGGAGCAGUAGGAAAAGGGUAAGAGGGAUGGAGACACAAAGCAUCCCCUUCCACCCUUCUUCCUCUCCCAGGCAUCUGGAGGGUUGUUUUAUUUUAUUGUAUUUUUUGGAUGAGAGAGGACUAAAAAGCGCCCUGUGAGUGCUCCAGAGCGAGAGGGAGUAUAACCUGUGAGAAGGACCGGACUGCAACGGCUCAGACCGGUGAAAGAGACCAGUAUAUGCCCUGCACCCCACAACACACAAAUAAAUGCAUACACACAUAAACACACAUUUAUAACGAGGUCAGUGUGAUUUUUCUUACAUGACAACACCGUUGAUGGGACAAGCCCACUCAUACUAAUGUGCAUUCAAGUGUACAAUAUCCCUAAAGAAUCUGGAGAUGCUCUCUGCUGACAAAGAGCCCGUCCUGGCCCAUCUUCCUUUCUCGCGGUCUCUUUUUCCUAUCCCUUUUUGUUUAUUUUUGCAUCUGGAACAGAUCUAUGAACUUUUGGAAGCAAUACUGUCAGUGGGUUCAUUUCGACAAUAGUUAACACUAGUUAAACGCCUUUCUGAACUGCCGUCAGAUCACAUAAUAAUUGCUGAGGCUAAAUCAGCAUCCGAACCUCUAGGUUAGCUGAUCUUCUAUGCUGGGAAUCAGAUGUUUGAACUGUGUGAGAGAUGUAAUGGACAGGUCUAGCCCAGAUGUUUGUCUCUGGAGGUGUUUGUCUUUAUGUCCUGCUCACUUUCACCCCAUUCUAUGACCAAAGCUGAGCUCUACCAGUAGGUGGUGCUGUUUGACUUCAAUUUUUUUUUUCUUUAUUAUUUUUUUUAUUCCUUUUUUUUUUUUUUUUGCUUUAUGAUGUUAUGAAUAAUUUUUUUGGCGACACCCAUCCCCAGAGAAUGUUCUGGUUUCACAUCCUGUCUUUGGAAAGAAUCUAAUGUUGAAAAUGGAGAUGAACUUAGAUUUUAUUUUUCAUUUACUAAAAGUCUUGUGCCUCGCAUCGAACCCCACAGACAUAAAUAUGUUCAAAAAUGACACAGUUGUAUAUGUUUAGGUCUGGUGUUACAGCUAAUUGCCUGAUCCUGUUUAACUUUUUGUGGAAAAGAAGAGGAUGGAGCUCAUUCAAGGGGUACAGGGCAGAACUUGGAGCGAUCAUUAAAUGCUAUUGGUUAUUAAUA